AUGGACCCAUCAUGUGAUGAGAAGAUUGCUUCCAUCAGAAAAGAGACCGAAGUCUUGAUGAAAAUCCAAGGCCACCCCAACAUUUGUCAAUGCCUUGGAUGCUUUGAUGCAUUCAGACCUGGAACUUCCCAAGCACAGUACAUCAUGAUCGUAAUGGAGCUUAUUCAAGGUGGUGAGUUGGCGAGUUUCAUCAGGAACGGCCAGGGUCUGGAUGAACAGAUUGUGAAGUCUGUGAUGAAGCAGACAACUGAAGGCAUCAAAUUCAUCCACGACAGAGAUGUGGUUCAUCGUGAUUUGAAGGUGGAGAACAUUUUAGUGUGUGGGGCAGACAUUACACCAACUACACCAGUGAAGGUCAUUGAUUUUGGUGUUGCAAAGCCCCUCACUGGCACGAUCGCGCGGAGUUGUGUGGGCACCACCGAAAUCAUGGAAGCCUCCCCGGGCUUUGGAAUUGUGACGCAGCGCCCAGAUGGCAAAGGUGCAAUGGUGAACGGCAUUGAGCCUGGAGGUCAAGCAGCACACUUUGGUAUUGGAGACGGUUGGGCAAUCUCGCAUAUCAACAACACAGAGGUUUUAGAGAUGCCAUUUGUAAAGGAUUUCAACGAGAUUGGUGCUGGAACAAAGCGGGGUGUUACCGCCAUUGCGGAGAUCCUGGGCAGCCUUGAUGCUCCAUUCACCAUGGAUUUUGUUGAGCUGCCAAAGAGGGAGUUCAGCAAGGCGUUGGAUCUUUGGAGUUUGGGAGUCUCACUCUACGUGAUGCUCACUGGCAAGAAGCCUUUUGAGGACACCUUCCAUGGCACAUUGAGAUGUUUGAAAGCAUGA